AUGUUCAUUACGAUCUGCAUGGAAACCAUUGAAAUAAAAAUGGCCGAGUUGGAGGAGAAGACAGUGAGGUCUCUCAUCAAGGCCAUCGUAGCCAGCAGGCCAGAGGGCGAGCGGCCUGCGCCUGAGGACGUGAAGGUCUUCAACAAGUCCACUCGACUGAAUCCAGAGAAGACACUCGCUGAGGAGAGAGUGGAGGACGACACGAAGCUGUUUACGUACAUAAAGAGGGAGAUCAAGAAGAAGGCAGAGACAAAGGCAGCACAGCCACAGCAGCCAGCACAGCCACAGGGGAAUCCAUUUGGCAACUUCGGGCAGCCAGCAUCACCUGGAAUGAAUGAGAUGAUGAAGAGCAUGUUGGAUAACCCAGAAAUGAUUGAGAAUUCGAUCAAUAUGAUAAUGCCAAAUGCAAGUGAGGAUCAGAAGGAGAUGCUAAGGAAGCAGUUUGAGAUGGUGAAGAAUAAUCCAGCUAUGAUGGAGAUGGCAAUGAAUCAGAUGAAUAAUCCAAUGAUGGGUCAAAUGGGACAGAUGGGUCAAAUGGAUCCUAUGAUGAAUCAGAUGAAUCAAAUGUACCCUAUGAACAACCCUAUGAACAAUCAGAUGAACAACCCUAUGAAUAAUCAGAUGAACACGAAUGCUCCACCUGCAAAUGGUCCAUGUUCUCAUGGUUUCUAUCCACUGCAUGUGGUGAAGGCAGCUGAUGAUUUGGAUGCGAAGUUGGACAUGCUCGAAGCAAUGGGAUUCACAGACAAAGCAAAGAACAGGGCAUUGUUGGAGAAACACGCCUACAGCGUAGAGACAGUCGUUGAUGAGUUGACUAAGGAAAUGAAUAAGGAGAAAUAA